GGUGCUGCUCCUCUACACUUGACCUGAAGGUAUCCGCGGCAUGCUCCUGUCGGUGGACGCCACCAUACAUGCCUAUACCAUCGGAGCCAAUAACACCGGUACAUGCCGAUCCCUUUAGAGAAAUGUAACGAUAUCUGCGGUCCAGACGGAAACAUCUGCCAGCAUUCGCUGUGACAGCUUGAGACGGAAGGCGUGGCUGCGUGACGGGUCCGUGUUUAUGUCAAGCCGCAGCAGAAGCCAGCUGACUCUACACGGCAACUUGCUCGAUCUAUCGAGGGCUGUAAACGUGUGCCGAAGUGUCACCCCUGCCUGGGUGCCAUGGUCCUCUGUUACACAUGAGCUCUACUAUGUGGUACAUCAUGCAGAGCAUUCAGAGUAAAUACUCCUUGUCCGAACGGCUCAUCCGCACCAUCGCCGCCAUCCGCUCAUUUCCACACGACAACGUGGAGGAUCUGAUUCGUAAGGGCGCUGAUGUAAACCGGAUGCAUGGGACCCUCAAACCCCUUCACUGUGCCUGUAUGGUAGCCGAUGCCGACUGUGUGGAGCUGCUGUUGGAGAAAGGCGCAGAGGUGAAUGCUCUGGAUGGUUACAACCGCACGGCGCUGCACUACGCCGCGGAGAAGGACGAGAGCUGCGUGGAGCUGCUGCUGGAGUACGGCGCCCAGCCGAACGCGCUGGACGGCAACAAGGACACGCCGCUCCACUGGGCCGCCUUCAAGGACAACCCGGAGUGUGUGAGGGCCCUGCUGGAGAGCGGGGCCUGCCCCAAUGCCCGGGACUACAACAAUGACACGCCUCUGAGCUGGGCAGCGAUGAAGGGCAAUCUGGAGAGCGUCAAGGUUCUGUUAGACUACGGCGCCCAGGUCCAUGUGACCAACCUGAAGGGUCAGACCCCUAUAUCCCGGCUGGUGGCCCUGCUGGCCCGAGGCCUGGGCACGGAACAGGAGGAAGAGUGCUUGGAGCUGCUUUGCCGAGCGGCGGGGCGCUUCGAGAUCCGGCGGGCUGACGGCACCCUCCCCAAGGAGCUGAGCAAAGACCCCCAGCUGCUGGCGAGGCUGUCCAACAUGGUGGCUCAGGCGCCCACGCUGCGCUCGCUGGCGCGCUGCACCAUACGGCAGAGCCUCGGAGUGCAGUUCCUCCCCACCGCCGUGAAAGAGCUUCCCCUACCGGAAACGGUUAAAGACUAUCUACUACUGAGAGACUGAUGACGGCGGCGGCGGAGGAUCCUCAGACCUCAUGGGCUGAUGAUUAAACAGCUCGUCAUACCGCAUUUAUUGGCAAGUCGAUACAGAUGUAUGUCUUUUUCUUUUUUUUCUUUUCUUGUAUUUACACAACAUCCGGAUGAGGAGUGAUUUAAGUGCAGACUGCUGUGUUUAAUCAGUGUCAUGUGAAUGAACAAGGCAGGACUUGCACAUUUUCAACUAAACAGCUGUUGGUUUUUCUUUUGAAGUCUGGUAGCAAAAAGAAACAGAAAACCCCCUCCCACUCCGCCAAACUAAAGCAUCAGAUUUGCUCGACUUCCUCGUGGGAAUAAACCAAGAUCAAACGAGUCCUUUGAUCACUUAGCUAUGUUCCAAAAAGCUAUUCAUUAGAAUAUUUUAGAAUGCUUAUUAUUACUCAUUUUUGCUUGAUUGGCUUUGUAAAUGAAACUGUGUCGAACUCAGAAGACGGCUUUGUUUAAAAAAAUGAUAAUAAACGUACAGUGACAUGCUUUCAGCAUGGUGGAAUAAAAAAAAAAAAAAAAAAACAACAACCCAGUUGAUGAAUGAUGUCGUAAUUAUGAAGGUUUUCCAGUCAUUUUUAUGAGAUGCUUUAUGUAAAAUACCUGGGAAGAGUAACCAUAACCCUUUAACUUCUCCACAUUUUACCACACGACAGCCACAGAAUUUCAAUGUAUUCUUUUUAUGUUUGCAUAGAUUUUUAAAAAAUAAAUUAUAUUUAUGGUGAGACAAUAAUUGAUUCUUCAAAGUAGCGACCGUCUUCUUUACAGUAUAGGUCAAACUCAUUCAGAUUACACGGAGAGCUUCUCUGGACAUCUGUGUUUAAUGUCUUGCCUGAAAUUCUCAGUUGGAUGUAGGUCUGAACUUUGACUAGCCCAUUUAACACAUGAGUAUUGUUUGCUCAUAAUAUUAAGGUUAUUUUCCUGCUGGAAGGUGAACCUCUUCAAAUCUAAACAAAAUAGUGUCAGACAUUUUGAGUUUGAUUAAUGCAGGUUCUUUGUUUGUGUCGCUAUCACUUUAAGGAUUUUAAUAACAGUUUGAGGUUGGUUCAGCAGAGGCCAACCACACCACUUCAACCUUACCAAAAUCGGUUAGAAAUGAUGUGUAAUGUUUGCACGCAAAGAAAUUUGGUUUGUGCUGAAAAUAUGAAGGUGUAAAAGGAGAGAAAAAAAAUGACAGCCCUUUUGUUUUGCUGUGACAUUUAUGUGUUUUUCUUGAAUAUCUUUGAAGCUCUGAUGGCAGAGAAAAUGUUUUACUUCGCUUAACUUCCCUCCGAUGCUCACGCACUUAAACAUUAAUAACUUACCAUCCACUUCACAAUUAUCCUCUACUUUGUGUUGGUCUGCCACAUAAACUCCCACUAAAAUACACUGAAACUUGUGGUUAUAACGUGUUGAAAUGUGGAAAAGUUGAAAGCCGUUGAACUUUUUUUGCAAGGCACUGUGUUGAAAUAAUUUGUAUGAUAAGUUUUGGUUGUGAUCGGUCAGUGAUAUUCACUAAGAAAAUAGCAUUAAACACACACACCUAUUUUGGAGCAGGAAAGAUUGUACCAGAUGGGAACAAUUGCAUUUAUGUUGUAGCAGCAGAGUGAUGCUGAUUAUUAGUGUUGGUUUCACUUAAAUGUGCCAGGUAGACUUCUGAAUAUGUCCAACGCUAACAAAAGUGGUGUCACCACGCCUGCUGUCAUGUUUGACUCUCUGUUUAUUUGGGCUUUAUUGAGUGUUUUUUUGUUGUUGUUGUUUUGUUUUGUUUGUUUUUUGUUCCUACAAUGGAGGUUUAAAUUUGCAAAACUUUUUUCAAGGGUGCUCACGGGUUCCAAAACUAGAGUCACUUUGUUUUAAAUUCAAUAUUUAAAUGUUAAAACCAUGAAAUGGCAUGAUGAGUUAGUUUUGUCUUUUGUAAAGCCACUCAAUGAGCUGGCAAAAAAAUGUGUUGGAGGUCUGGAAUCUGACCAUUCCUUAAACUUAUUUUUGUCUGCCUGUUCUGUAAAUAUACAUAUAAAUUAACCAUAUGAUUAUUUCUCGUGUAUGCCUGCAAAGGUGCUUCUUUUCUUUGUCAGUAUAAUGCAAGUAAAUGCCUUUUUGUUUA